AUGUUUCAAGACUGUACGAUCUCAUCAAAUCAGCUAAUCGAUAGUUAUUGGUUAUCAGUAAAACUGGCGAAUGGUUGUAAUUGUACCAAUAUUAGAGAUGAAAAUCUUAUAUAUAAUUUACAUUGUGAAUCGUUUCCAUUUAAUCACGAUAUUCCAAUUCAGCUAUUUUAUAUUUUUAUAUUUUCAUUCAUUAUAUUGCUAGCUGUAUGUGGCAAUUUUACAGUUAUUUGGAUUGUUUUGUGGCAUGAGCGAAUGCGUACCGUAACAAACUAUUAUUUAUUGAAUUUAGCAAUCGCCGAUGCAUCUAUUUCGAUUUUUAACACUGGUUUUUCAUGGUCCUAUAAUUUUUAUUAUGUUUGGAUAUUUGGACCAACCUAUUGCGCAAUUAAUAAUUUAAUGGGUAUAGCACCAAUAUGUGCUAGCGUAUUUACAAUGAUUAUCAUGAGUAUCGAUAGGUAUGUGGCAAUCGUAUAUCCAUUAAAACCAAGGUUAGGUCGUCGAUCGACUGUUUCUGCAAUAAUCUUAAUUUGGAUUUUGGCUAUAUUAUGUGGAUUACCUGCACUACUCGCCUCAAAGCAAGAACUCAACUAUUUUGUUGAUGAUUCUAAUGAAAUAUUCAUUGAUCCGAUUUGUUGGCGUUGUUUUUCCAGUAUCUUUCUUAAUUCGACCAGUAGAGCCAUAUCGCGACUUAUAUCAUUUGCUAUGACGAGUCAGUUCAAUAGAUAUAAUAAUUUAUUGAUGAUAAUGAAUUAUAUUUUGCCAUUAAUCGUGCUUAUUUUUACAUAUGGACGAGUUGCUGUUGUGUUAAGGAAAAGUGAAUCGAUUGGCGAUACAAGGCAUUAUGAAAAUAUUAAAGCAAAAAAACGGGCUGCUAAUAUGCUCGCUCUUAUAGUUUUUAUUUUCAUGUUUUUAUGGUUUCCUUAUCAACUUUAUUUUUCUGUACUCUAUACGCAUUUAACUUCUGAAUAUGAUCGAAAGACUUCUCUCUAUAUUUAUUUAAAUAUUUAUUGGCUUGGAAUGAGUUCAACAAUUUUUAAUCCUAUAAUCUAUUAUUUUAUGAAUGAAAGGUUUCGAUUAGGAUUUCGUUAUGCAUUUCGGUGGUUACCAUUUAUUAAGGUGAAUCUAAAUGAAUAUGAAUAUUUACUAAUGACUGGCAAAAAUCAUGAAAUAAAAGCACUACCAACGACGAGAAUGUUACCGACAUCGCAUUGCGAUUCACCAACACCGACAAAUACGUAUAAUUAA